AAUUAAUGAAUGCACAAUUGCUACACUAUAAAUUGGAAUAGUUAGAAGUUAAGGGUAGUUCAAAAUUCGAAGUUAUUUUUGCUGCUCCUGAUACUUAAUCAGAAUAAUAUUCAAGAUUUACUUUGAGAGCAUGGUGGAUAGUACUUUAAGCUCAUAGAGAUAAACCAUAUGCAACUAGAAUGGAUUUGUAUGAGAGAGCCUUUAAGUAUAUUCCAAAUUGUUAUAAAUUAUGGUUCAAUUAUUUAAAGGAAUAACUUGAAGAUUUAGGAGGUAGAAGCACAUUUUUAUCAAAUAAAUUUGAGGAAAUGAUUGUGUAUUUUGAGAAAGCAUUAGUUUACAUGCAUAAAAUGCCUAAUAUUUGGUUAAUGUAUGCUGAAUAUAGUGCAUCAUUAUAGAAAUAUACUCAUACUAGAAAUGUAUAUGAUAGAGCUUUAUAAUCAUUACCAGUAACAUAACAUCAUAGAAUCUGGAAAGCAUAUUGUUAAUGGGUAUAAAUUCAAAUUAAAAAUUUAAGAUUUCAAAAACAGAUUCAAUAAUCACUGCAAUUUCAAUAUAUAAUAGAUAUGUUAAAAUAAAUCCAGAUUAUAAAGAAGAAUAUUUAGAUUAUCUUGUAUCAAAAUAACUAUGGGGAAGAGCAUGUUAAAUAUUAGUGGAUAUUUUAAACGAUGAUUAAUUUAAUUCUUCUAGUGGAAAAACAAAAUAUGAUUUUAUGAAAUAUUUAUGUGAAAUAAUUGCUAGACAUCCUAAUGAUUUACCGAUUGAUGCAGCAUCGAUUAUGAAAUUUGGAAUAAAGAAAUAUUCAGAUGAAAUUGGUUAAUUAUGGAUUAAAUUAGCUGAUUAUUAUAUAAAAACAGGAUAAUUUGAAUAAGCAAGAGAUACUUUUGAAGAUGCUGUAAAUAAUGUAUUAACAGUUAAAGAUUUCAGUUUGGUUUUUAAUGCAUAUGUUAAAUAUGAAGAAACUAUCAUUUAAAUGUUAGAAGAUUUUGAUGAAAAUGAUGAAAAUUAAGAUGAUAUUGAUGAUACAAUUCUAUCUACCAAAUUAGAUUAAUUAUUAAAAAUAAAAUCAUCAUAAGAAGAUGAAGUUUAAAUAGAAGAUGAAUUAUUAUUAAAAAUGGAUAGAUUAGAUGAACUAUUAGAAAGAAGACCAAUUUUAUUAAAUUCAUGUAUAUUAAGAUAAAAUAAAUAUAAUGUUGAAGAAUGGUUAAAAAGAAUUGAAUUAGUUAAAGGUGAUGAAAGAAUGGCUUUAAAAACAUUUACUGAAGCACUUGAAAUUGUUGAACCAAAUUUAGCAGAUAAUGGAAAAUUAAGUGAUAUUUGGAUUGCUUAUGCUAAAUAUUAUAGAGAUAAAGGAGAUUGGAAAACUUGUAAUUAAAUCUUUCAUAAAGGAUCUAAAAUUGAAUUUAAAAAUAUUGAAGAACAUGUUAAUUUAUGGUCUUAAUGGGUUGAAAUAUUACUUAUAGAUGGAUUUAUAAAUGAUUCAUUAACUGUAAUCAAGUAAGGAUUAUUUAAAAAGUAUGUUAAAAAAUUAGAUAAAAUGACACCAUCUGAAAUGGUUCCAUAUUCUUUAUAAUUAUGGUAAUUAUAUUUAGAUUUAGAGAGAAAUUUCGGAAAUUUUAAAUCAUUAAGAGCAGCUUAUAAACGUAUGGUAGAACUUAAAGUAGUUACUCCAUUUAUUAUUAUUAAUUAUGCUUAACUUUUAGAAGAUAAUGCAUUUUAUGAAGAAUCAUUUAAAGUAUUUGAAGCUGGUGUAUAAUUAUUUGAUUGGCCUGCUUUAUAUGAUUUAUGGAUUGUUUAUAUAACUAAAUUUAUAUAAAGAUAUAGAGGAUAAAAAAUUGAAAGAACAAGAAAUCUAUUUGAAACAGUGAUUGAAUAAGUGCCUAAGGAUGUAUAAUUUAAUAUUUUAAUUAGAAAAAUCGAAUAUUUUAUUUAAUGUAUGGAGAAUUUGAAGAAUAAUAUGGAUUAUUAAAUCAUGCAAUUGAAAUCUAUGAUAGAAUGGUAUUUAAUGUAGAAUAUCAAGAUAAAAUGGAAGCGUAUUUUAUAAAUAUAUUAUAAUUUCUAGAUACAAUAUAUAUAUAGCAAAAGUAGCUUUAUAUUUAGGAAUUACUAAAACAAGACCUGUUUUUGAAAGUGCAAUUGAAAAUUUAUAAGAGGCAGAAUUAAUUUAGAUGGGAUUAAGAUUAGCUUAAUUAGAAAGAAAAUUUGGAGAAAUUGAUAGAGCUAGAGCUGUUUAUAUACAUAUAUCACAAUUCAGUGAUCCUAGAUUUGAUGAUUUUGGAUUAUGGAAAACUUGGGAGAAUUUUGAAUUACAUCAUGGAAAUGAAGAUACAUAUAAAGAAUUUAGAAGAAUUUCAAAAAGUGUUGUGGCUAAAUUUAGUUUAAUGCCACCAGAUCCUAAAAAAAUAAAAGAAAGAGUAGAAAAAGGAUAAUUAGGGUAAGCAUGAAAG